AUGGUAGAGGAGCAGCUGGUGAAUGGCAAUGGCCAAAUAAACAUUGGCAAGGACCCGCCAUUAGGUGAGAUAAGAGGGAUGGUACAGUACUCAUUAGGGGAAAUACUCCUCUGCUGGUAUUUUAGGGGAUCUACAAUGGAAGAACACAAGGAAAAUCAACUAGAUUAUGAGUCCGAGAAAGUGGAAAUCUUAAGAUUGGCCCAAUCAAAGAGGAACAUUAACAGUUUAAACACAGACCUUGAAAAGGAUAUGCAGAGAAUAGAUGAAGCAAAUCAGGAACUUCUACUAAAAAUUCAUGAGAAAGAAGAUGAGAUUCGGAGGCUGGAAGGUGAGAUCACUCAGACCAGAGACUUGGCAGAAGAUGAGGAGUGGGAGAAGGAAAACUGUACCACACUGGAAAGGGAAAGAGCCUUGCAGGAGCUAGAAGAAGAAACAGCAAGACUCGAAAGGAAGAAUGAGGCCCUGGUCCACAAUAUAGAAGAACUUCAAAGAAAGCUUACAAGGAAAUUACCUAAGGCAGCCAAGUAUGAAAAAGUCAAUCUAAAGGGAACACCAGAGGAGUCAAAGCUCAAGAUACAAAAGCUGGAAGCUUCCUGUGCUGAACAAGAGAAGGAGCUGAACAAGGUAAUGGAAGACUUUGCAUUUGUGGCCCAGCUCUGUGAAGAUCAGGCCCUCUGCAUAAAGAAGUACCAAGAAACUUUAAGGAAGAUAGAAGAAGAAUUAGAGAUUCGGUUCCUUGAGAAAGAAGUAUCAAAAGUCUUGAGCAUGAACUCUGAGAGAAAAGAUUUUAAACACCAAAAUAAUAAGGUUAAGUCUCUCCAAAAUAAAGGAAUAUGGGUCUGUAAAAAGAUUUUCCGAUACUUCUUUUUCAUCACCCUGUUUUUCAUCAGACUGCUGGGCUACCUGUUCUUCCAUAUAAGUUUUAUAAAUCCAGAUGUCCUCAUCAACAUACUGCCCAUGAUACUAAGCAGGGGCAUCCUGUGGAAGCUAAGAUGCUUCCUCUUCCCAUCUCUCACGCUCGAGGCAGAGGACAUGUUACCUCACUGA